AACACACGAAUGGCCCAAGGAAGCCACCAAAUUGAUUUUCAGGUUUUACAUGACCUGCGACAAAAAUUCCCUGAAGUCCCAGAAGUUGUUGUAUCCAGGUGCAUGCUACAGAAUAAUAAUAACCUGGAUGCCUGCUGUGCUGUUCUCUCUCAGGAGAGUACACGGUAUCUUUAUGGUGAAGGAGACUUGAAUUUUUCCGAUGAUUCUGGAAUUUCUGGUCUACGCAAUCACAUGACUUCUCUCAACUUGGACUUGCAAUCACAGAACGUUUACCACCAUGGAAGAGAAGGAAAUAGAAUGAAUGGAAGUAGGACUCUAACUCACAGCAUCAGUGAUGGACAACUUCAGGGUGGUCAGUCGAAUCAUGAAUUAUUUCAGCAGGAGCCACAGACAGCACCAGCUCAAGUUCCUCAAGGCUUUAACGUGUUUGGGAUGUCCAGUACAGCUGGCGCUGCAAAUUCAGUACCACACCUUGGAUUUCACUUAGGCAGCAAAGGAACUGCUAACCUUUCUCAACAAACUCCCAGAUUUAAUCCUAUUAUGGUAACGUUAGCCCCAAAUAUCCAGACUGGUCGUAAUACUCCUACAUCUUUGCACAUACAUGGUGUCCCUCCACCUGUACUAAACAGUCCACAGGGAAAUUCUAUCUAUAUUAGGCCUUACAUUACAACUCCUAGUGGUACAGCGCGACAAACACAGCAGCAUUCUGGCUGGGUAUCUCAGUUUAAUCCCAUGAACCCUCAACAAGUUUAUCCACCUUCACAGCCUGGUCCCUGGACUACUUACCCUGCAUCAAAUCCUCUGUCACAUACCUCAGCCCAACAGCCGAACCAGCAAGGCCACCAGACCUCUCAUGUCUACAUGCCCAUCAGUUCACCGACUACGCCACAGCCACCAACAAUUCAUUCAUCUGGUAGCUCACAGCCUUCUGCUCACAGCCAAUACAACAUUCAGAAUAUUUCAACAGGACCUCGGAAAAACCAGAUUGAAAUUAAACUUGAACCCCCACAAAGAAACAAUUCUUCAAAAUUACGUUCUUCUGGGCCUCGAACCUCCAGCAGUUCCUCUUCGGUCAACAGCCAGACCUUAAAUAGAAACCAGCCCACUGUUUACAUAGCAGCCAGCCCCCCAAAUACUGAUGAGGUGAUGACCCGUAGCCAACCCAAGGUCUAUAUUUCAGCCAAUGCCACCACAGGAGAUGAACAGGGCUUGCGGAACCAGCCCACGCUCUUCAUAUCCACAAAUUCGGGCGCAUCUGCUGCCUCCAGGAACAUGUCUGGGCAAGUGAGCAUGGGUCCUGCCUUCAUUCAUCACCACCCUCCCAAAAGUCGAGCACUAGGCAAUAACUCGGCCACUUCUCCUCGAGUAGUGGUCACUCAGCCCAAUACGAAGUACACUUUCAAAAUCACAGUUUCUCCCAAUAAGCCCCCUGCAGUUUCACCAGGGGUGGUGUCCCCUACCUUUGAACUUACAAAUCUUCUCAAUCAUCCUGAUCAUUACGUAGAACCAGAGAAUAUUCCGCACCUCACGGACCCUGCUUUAGCACACGUGGAUAGGAUUAGUGAAGCGCGGAAACUGAGUAUGGGGUCUGAUGAUGCUGCCUACACACAAGCUUUAUUGGUACACCAGAAGGCCAGAAUGGAACGGCUUCAAAGAGAGCUUGAAAUUCAAAAGAAAAAGCUGGAUAAAUUAAAAUCCGAGGUCAAUGAAAUGGAAAACAAUCUAACUCGAAGGCGCCUGAAAAGAUCGAAUUCCAUAUCCCAGAUCCCUUCUCUCGAAGAAAUGCAGCAGUUGAGAAGCUGUAAUAGACAACUCCAGAUUGACGUUGACUGCCUGACCAAAGAAAUUGAUCUUUUUCAAGCCCGAGGACCACAUUUUAAUCCCAGCGCUAUUCAUAACUUUUAUGACAAUAUUGGAUUUGUAGGUCCUGUGCCACCGAAACCCAAAGAUCAACGGUCCACCAUCAAAACACCAAAGAGUCAAGACACAGAAGAUGAUGAGGGGGCGCAGUGGAACUGCACUGCCUGUACGUUUUUAAACCAUCCAGCCUUAAUCCGUUGUGAAGAGUGUGACAUGCCAAGACAUUUCUGA